CAUUUGGUUCAAAUUGUGCCUUUAGUUAUCGGCUGUGUGUAUUUUUAGAACAAGUUAGUAGUACUUCAUUUCUACACGUAGGCUUGACGUGUGUAUUCAGUGAAAGCUUAUUUAAAGCGCUACUUUAAAUAUGGAACGCGAAUUGAAAAAUAAAAUUGUUGCCAUAACGGGAGGAGCUGAAGGCAUAGGCCUCAGUAUCGCCGAUCAAUUCCUCAGCGAAGGCGCAGUCGUCGUGAUACUCGAUAUAAACUUGGAGAAAGGACAAAAUGCAGCCAAAGAAUUGCAAAGCAAGCACGGCGCUACGAAGGUCAGUUUCUUAAGAUGCGAUGUUACGACCGAUCUGGAAUCGGUAUUCAAUCAGCUCAUAGAUGCUCACAAACGUGUUGACGUCUUGGUGAACAACGCCGGGAUCAUAUGCGAGAGUUCAUUGAGGAAGACUCUUGAAAUAAACACUGUGGCUCCCAUCGAGUGGACGGUGAAGUUUAGAGAGUACAUGAGGACAGAUAAGGGUGGGAGUGGUGGCACAAUUUGCAAUGUAUCAUCGAUAUACGGCUAUUGCCUAGACCCGUAUUUGCCGUAUUACAAAGCUUCGAAGUUUGCUCUAUUCGGCUUCAGCACUACGUUAGGACAUAAGCAGAAUUACGACAGAACUGGGGUAAGAAUCGUGACUGUGUGCCCCGGGUUUACAAGCUCAGCCAUGACAGCACAACUGACGGUGUGGGAUGAGCACGUUGAAGAGUUUGCGGCUCAGAGGAGCCAGCUGAAGUGGCAAACUCCUGCGCAGGUCGGUACCGGUGUCGCUGAGCUGUUCAGGGUCGCCGAUAGUGGGACAGCCUGGGCUAUCAUAGGGGGAGAACCAAUUAAGCAAGUAGAGCAAAGAUGUCUCAAAUAAAUAUUGUUAAUUCUUUUGUUUUCUUUGUGUUCUAUGGAUUAAAUCAGGGGUGAGCAACCUUUUUAAUCAAUGGGCCAAUUUUUUUUUUGGCCUCUCAUAUAUAACUCUCAUUAUACGAAGCUUUAUUUCUUUAUUAAAAACAAACAAGAAACGCUUGUUGCUCAUCCUUGGAUUGAAUCAUUAUCAUUUGAAUCGCUCAUCUAUGCAAUAAAAAUGUGGAAUACAUAUUUAGUAUAUUGUUUAUAUUGUUAUGGAUUGUGUUUAAUCUAUAUUACAUGUGAUAUAUCAUGUUUUUCAGUUUUGAAACUACUGUUACGCGCUGGGUUCGGGAUAAAUAAAAUUGUACUGAAGUACAAAUUAAAAACUGUAUUCAACACUUAGAACUUCACAAACACUUUAAAAUUCUCAAUUCGCUUCUUCCGCUUCGCUUCGAUACCAUAUCCCUAGAAUUAUCGAGAAUAUUUCACAAAAGUCGAGUAUUGUGUUUCCCGCUAUCUGAUAAUAGAUGACGCUGUACUUCUCGAGCGUUCUAAAUGCGACUAGAUCCUUCGAUAUUCGUUCGGCUAUUCGGCGAUAGAUGGCGUUACUCUUACCGGUGUAACACUAUCUACUCGCAACAAAAACUCAUACAUAACAAACACAGAGUAUCGACCCAGGUGUGUCUUAUCAUUAUAUUUGUUUACUCUAAAUUGUCAAAGAUUCUACCCAGCUGUAUUUUUUAUCUAAACGUCCGCCCGUCUUUGAAUCAGUGUCAGAGGGAACUUAUUUAGCGCUUGCCAUAAGUUAAAAGAUAUUGCAUAAGUUAAAAGAUAUAAAGAUAAUGAGUUAUGUGGCUUAUCAAUAGACGGAGAAGUCGUUAGAUCGUGACGUCAUUUAAUUACGCAUCGAAUUAGUAUCCAAAUUUGGGAUAAAUGGCGGCGAUUUAAUAUUUAAUACAUUGCCUGCAUAAUUAACAUAGUGUUAAAAUAUUAGUUUGAAUUAACGAAGCUAACGUUAGAAGUGAAUUGAACAUAGUUAAAAUACAUUUGAAUAUGCAAUUUUGAAAUGGGCACAUCUCUGAAAAUGUAAAAUGUUCAAAUGUUCAGGAAAUGAAGAAAACUGAUUAUUUUCUAAAGCAGUGUAAUAUUUAAAAUAUUAACUUUUGCGAUAUAUUUUAGUGUUAAUUAGCAAUUGAAAAUUACUGUAAUUAUUAUAAAAUGGGUGUAGAUAAGCCUCAAAACUACAUGUAUAUGAAAAAACGUAUUUGACAAAAUAUGCGACAUGUGCCCUUUUCGGAAUUGCAUAUUCAUUUAUUGUAGCACUAUCUAAGAAAAGCGUAAAUAGACGAGUUAAAGGCUAUUUGGUUUAAGCGACAUUCUUGUAACUUUGCAAGAGAGCCAUUAAAAGUUUAAAAUUUGAAAAAAAAAUCAUGACCUCAAAUUGCUACAGCUGUUUCAAUGUGGAAGACAUAAUUGACGUUCAAUUAAAAAUGUGGAAUUGUUACUGAUACUAGAGAAAAAGGACUUUUAAUUACAAAGAUAAAUGUCGCAUACUAAGUGAAAUGUUGCUUAAACUAAAGCCUUUUCUCCCUCAAUAUAGUUAAAAUGCAUUUAAUUAAGAAAUAUAUAAAAUAAAGGCAUUUAUUAUAAAUAAAGGCAUUUGCGCACAUAACUUAUGUUGCAAGCCAGAUUUUGUUUCUUUUUAUUUGUGUUUUUUAUGUAUCUUUAGCUUGUGAUGUGUAUUG